AAUGCCUUGAAUAAUGAAUUUAUAAAAAUUAAAACUUUGUAUUAAAAAAUGACUAGAGGUAAGAUAUUAUUUAAAAAAACCCAAAAGAACAAAACUACAACAAUUAUCAUCAUCAGAUAUCAAAAAAAUGUAACAUCAUAUCAUGUAUAUAUUAAUCUAAUGACAAUAAAAAAUUACGGAAAAAAAGAUUAAAGUGAGAAAUGAAUAGAUAUCUACUUAAAACAAGUAAAAUGUUUGUUUGUUUGUUUUUCGUUUUCAUCGAGUAGAAAGCAUUGAAACCGGUCUAGAAUUAUUUUUUGAAGGAGUGAUCAUAUGAGAUUUUCUAAAUGAAUCAGGUAAAGGAAGAUGAGUUUGACAAGCAUUCGAACAAGAAGCUGUUCGAUGAUGUGGUAAAGAAGAUCUACGUUGAGCACGACGUUGAUCAGCUUCUUCAAAUAAAGCAGCUUGUUUUGAAAGCCAACUAUUCCGAUUUCUUAAAUGAGUGGCUCGACUACAACUACUUGAACUUCCGAUCCGAUGAUGAUCAUAGGCUCUUGAUGGGGUUAGAGGUGUGAUUGGUGCUGGUGGUAUGUCUUGGAUCUCAUCUGGGUCUGAGUCUUGGUCAUCUGGCUCUUGAUCUGUUGUGGUAAUCGAGGUGGGUGAUGAAGAGAUAAGAACUUGAUCGAGUUCUUCAUCUGUUAUUACAG